GCUACGCAGAGCGCCAAGCGUCCCUGACAGCGUUGAAAACAUGGCGGAGAAAGACGCAGAAGUUGGAUUAAAAAAGGAAACAGUAAGCAAACUCCUGUCCAGUUUCUUCAAGGAGGACAAAACCAGACUGAGCGGUGAUGCUACCCUGCUCAUGACAGAGUUGCUAAAAAUAUUUAUUCAAGAGGCUGCUGUGAGAUCGCAGAAACAAGCCGAGUCUGAGGACUGCGACCAAGUAGACAUCGAGCACUUUGAGAAGAUUCUGCCUCAGUUGCUGCUGGACUUCUAGCACAGUGACGCCACAAGAUGGAGCCAGAGAGUUGCCUGCGUGUUACUGCUUAAACCCUACAUUUUCAAUUCCAGUAUGUUUAUUUUUUUAACAGUACAAUUGCAAUCACUGAAAUCUGAGAAAACAUUAAAACUGUCAUCCUGUAUGUAUUUUCGAGUUGUGUGAUUUUGAG